AGGGUUUCCACAAGACAAACACGAGUAUAAAACUGGUCCAUCUUUUCGCCCUUUGCCAUGUGUUCUGGUCUCAUUUAACCAAGCCAGCAGCUGCCUCAUGGCAGAAAUCAAAUCCUUUGAGCCCCCUUUCCAAUUUCGAUCCUUUCUUUUCACUUCCGCUAAUUCCUGAUUGGUUACUUAAAAUCUGAUAAUUAUAGGCACUCUUUCAUCCGACUACUGAUCUACUGCUCGUGGACAUUGAGAUGGUUAAGGAGACGGAAUAUUAUGACGUGCUGGGUGUCAGUCCCACAGCAACGGAAGCCGAGAUCAAGAAAGCUUAUUAUAUGAAGGCACGACAGGUGCAUCCAGAUAAAAACCCAAAUGACCCACUUGCUGCACAAAAUUUUCAGGUUUUGGGUGAAGCUUACCAAGUUUUGAGUGAUCCAGCUCAAAGGCAAGCUUAUGAUGCUCAUGGGAAAUCGGGAAUCUCAACUGAAUCAAUUAUUGACCCUGCAGCAAUCUUUGCCAUGCUUUUCGGUAGUGAACUUUUUGAGGAGUAUAUAGGCCAGUUGGCGUUGGCAUCAAUGGCCUCAAUGGAUAUGUUUACUGAAGGGGAACAAUUUGAUCCAAAAAUUUUACAAGAGAAAAUGAGGGUUGUUCAGAAGGAGAGAGAAGAAAAGCUUGCAGAGAUACUGAAAGGUAGACUCAACCAAUAUGUUCAAGGAAACAAAGAGGACUUUGUUAAUCAUGCAGAAGCAGAAGUAGCCCGUUUGUCCAAAGCAGCUUAUGGUGUUGAUAUGCUAAAUACAAUUGGCUACAUAUACGCAAGGCAGGCAGCAAAGGAACUUGGAAAGAAAGCAAUUUACUUGGGUGUGCCGUUUGUUGCUGAAUGGUUUAGAAACAAAGGGCAUUUUAUCAAAUCCCAAGUUACAGCAGCAACAGGGGCCAUUGCUUUGAUCCAACUGCAAGAGGAUAUGAAGAAGCAACUCAGUGCCGAAGGAAACUAUACUGAAGAAGAGCUUGAACAAUACAUGCAAUCUCACAAGCAGCUAAUGACUGAUUCUUUAUGGAAACUUAAUGUUGCCGACAUCGAAGCCACGCUCUCACGAGUGUGUCAAAUGGUUCUUCAAGACAACAAUGUCAAGAAAGAAGAACUUCGUGCCCGAGCAAAGGGGUUGAAAACUCUUGGCAAAAUCUUCCAGAGGGUAAAGCCAACCAAUGGGAAUGAGGAAGAAAAUGUUGUAAAUAAAGCAUUACAUAAGUUGAACGGAAAUGAAACUAACAAUAAUGCUGGUUCUCCUAGUGCAUCACUGAAUUCCGCAGGUCGUGAUUUUUCAGAUCAAGCUAUCUCUGUAUCCCAGAGUCCAUAUGUGGAGGCUCCACAAUUUGCAGGCAUGGAAUUUGAUCAUAACUUCCCCAGGCCGACUGCUCCUCCCGGAGCCCAGAGACCUGCAACAACUAGCAAAGAUUGAUACUUGACGGUUUGGAGGUUGAUACCUGUAUCAUAUGUUCCCCCCAACACAUCACCACCACACAUCUUCUUGUUCUUAACCUUCAUGUGUGGCUCGCAUUAAUGCUGUGGUUUAUGCAUUGUCAAUAAUUCCAUACAAAAGAUAUCGUUGCCCUGGUGUCUUGUAAUUUCUGUGUCUAUUUUUAUUGGGUUGUUUCCCCUCGGGCUCUUUUUCCCUUUCCUUGUGUUUUGUCUCUCAAUUUAUUAUUAUUUUUUUCAGAUAUAGGAAUGCCUAUGUUAUUAGGGAUUGUGAUAAUAAACAGAAUUUAUUGCAUAGAAUAUGGUAUUUUGUGGUUUUUGUAACAA